UGACGUUAAUUUAUCAUUUUUCGAAGUUUUUUCUCUAUAUAUAUUACACAAUCGGCCUUCAUUAGAAAAUUUGUAACAAAAUUUCGACGGUUUUCCUGUCCAAUAAAUUUGUGUAUUGUAUCUAAUCUAUAUAUUACGACAAUGACUGAGUCAAAUCAAUCGAUUGUCAAAAAGCUGGGCUUAAAACCGCUGACCAAGGAGAACAUUUUAUACUUCUAUUUUCCCUUGCAAAGUAUGGUUAGCUAUGCAGCCCUCUCCAUCAAUGUUAUGAAUCCGUCAAUAGCGAUCAGGCUCCUACCAAAACGUGACGUGACGAAUUUCUUAUUGGUACACACCCUUUUCGGUACCACACUGUAUUUCUACAGUCGACCACAUCUGGCCGUCGUCCCAAGCCAGCGUCGCGUUGCAUAUAGCAUUUGUGGGUCGGUUCUGUUCAGUUUCGGAUCUGUACUGGUAUGGGCCGUUCUACGGAGCGCCGUUCCACGGAACCAAACGCUAGCAACAUUGCUUGGUCUUACGUCGGGAGUGGUACUAGCCAAACUGACAUACGAUUAUCUCGACAGUAACGACAAGCAGCUUGUGUCAGAAAAAAACUGAAUGAAGUUUGUUCCAAGGCUUGAUUGCAAAAUUUAAUUUUGUGAUACCACAAUUUUAGUAGUGCUCAUGAAAAGGUUCCAAAGCUAAUAUAGAUCGACAGCAUAAGUUAAUUUUGAGGAAUAUUUUUUUUCUGUUUGGAAGUGUCGCUAACCCGCUGUUUUAUAGUGAACAGUUUUGCUAAGACCUGUCUGGAAAGUGCAUCCAUGUUAUGCAGAUUGGAAUAGAUUACAUACUAAAUUCUUGCAGUAUGCUAAA